AUGUCCGCCGAGGUCACCCAUCUCCCUCCGCAGUUGACCGAUCUCUCCGCCUCCCUGUCGAAUCCGGCACCUCCUACCAACUCCCUUCCUCCCUUCGCGGCGCUGAACUCGCCCUCGCUCUCAUUUCUCCCAUACCUAACGGACGAGUCCUGGCUCAACAUCAAUGCCCUCCUAUCCCAGCCCCCGACUGCCAAUCCUUCCUCUCUGCCGGGAAUCCAGGGCCCAAAACAGAACCCCCCGCCGUCCCCACCGGCGUCGCAGAUCGGAAACGACGAAACAACUACUCUAGCUACUCGGCACGCUGCCCCACUCGCCCCGAACAAAGACCGAGAGGAGGCAGAUCGUCGGAAGCGCGAGAAUUUCCUGGCGCGCAACCGUCGCGCCGCCACCAAAUGCCGCGAGAGGAAGCGCCAGUUCACCAAGAAACUCCAGGACCAGUUCAAGGACGUCGCGCAGCGGAAACAAUCCCUGGAGUCUGAGUUCGCUAAGCUGCAGGGGGAAGUGCUCGACUUGAAAAAUGAGUUACUGCGUCACUCGCAGUGCGCCGAUCCUGCUAUCCAGAAUCAUUUGGCCGGGAUGGUCAAGAACGUGACGGUCGCGAAAUCGCCCAUCCUGGCCCGGUCGGGUCCUGCGCCGGAGGAGGCCUCGUCCACCGCGCUGUCGGUCGAUGAGGACGGUCCUGGUAGUAGUGGUAGCAGUACGCUGCCGGUCGCCAGUUGCGAGACGGACCGGACGCGUCGGGACUCGGUGCUGAGCGUCAGUACCGACGCCAGCCUGGACAGUUUCAUCGAUGAAGGGUUAUUCCAGGAGUUGUUGAACUAUGGCGGAGAGCCCGCUUUAUAA